AUGAAUCUGCUAAUCAGAAGCGAAGGCAGCGAUUCUGUAGAAGAAACGGACGCUGAUGGCACUGACCUUCGCCGACCAUUGCACGAUUCCUUCCCUCAAAGCAAAGAGCCAACGAUUCAGCAGAUUGCAUCGGAACUAGAAAAUGGAGUACCGGUGAGAGAUCAUCGAUGGAGACUGAGAAUCUACAAGAACUGCUUUAUUGGAACCAAAUGUGUCGAUUUCAUGGUCAGAUCUCAGUUGGUUGAGAACAGAUCUCAGGCAGUAGAAUUGGGCCGACGCUUGACGACCGAGCUGAAUCUGUUUGAACAUGUCACGCAAGAGCAUGAAUUUAAAGAUGAACAUCUGUUUUAUCGAUUUGUCGAGAAGGAACGACGGACAUCACCAGGGGAAACCCUGGAGUUCGAUCCCGAAGUACUGCCAGACCCGAGCCUGGAGCGAUUGGGGGAGCAGCUCAAGAGAGACUUGGAAGUGAAGAAAUACCAAAUGCAUAACAUGAAAGUGUACAGAGACUGCUUCUUAGCUAGUGAUGCCGUGACCUACAUGGUGGAAGAAGGCAUGACAAAUACCCGUCAAGAUGCGGUUGUUCUAGGGCAACGACUGGAGUGCGACCUUCACCUAUGGUACGAUGCCCACCAAAAGAGGAAGUUUCAUGACGAGCAUAUCUUUUUCAGAUUUCAAAAGCGCAUGGAUAAGGAGGAUUCCAGUAGGUCCUCUGGUGGGUUUCGUAGUACCUCCAAAAGCCAAAUGGUUCAGGUAGCAAAUUUGCUGAAGAGGGGACUGAAAGUCAAAAACCGAACGUAUCGAUUGAAGACGUAUCGAAAGUGUUUUAUUGCGAGGGAUGCGGUUGAUUAUAUGGUUAGCGAAGGACUCUGCAGUCAUCGUGAGGAAGCUGUCGAACUGGGGCUAGCCUUGCAGCAUGAACUGGGCCUCUGGCACCAUGUUUGUGAUGACCACGAAUUUUGUGACGAGUAUCUCUUUUUCAGAUUCUCAGCUACUUACAACAGAAACGAAUCCGAUUUCGACGAAAGUGCUAGUUCCUCGCUGACUGGAUCCCGCCAUAUGCACGAUUUUGCUGAUAUUGGACCGCUGCUGUUGCGUGGAAUCAAUGUGAAGGAUCGUACGUUCAAGCUGAAGAAAUACAAAAACUGUUUCAUCGGAUUUGAAGCGGUGGACUUUUUGGUGCAAGCGAAAGUUGCGACUAGUAGGGAGGAUGCGGUUCAAAUUGGUCGAAAAUUGAUGGCAGAUUUUGAUCUCUUCCAUCAUGUCAAGUACGAAAACAACUUUGAAGAUGACUAUCUCUUCUACCGAUUCUCGCAAGACCAUACUUUAACGUCCAGCCAGGACAGUUUUGAGCCUGGAAUGUCGGAAGAACUUUCUACUGCUUCUUCCAAUCUGUCAGAUUUCGGAAAGGAGGAAUUGAUUCAGAUCGGCGAACGAUUGCGACGGGGGGUGCGCAUUCAAAAUCGCCAGUACCGCUUCAAGACUUACCGAAACUCCUUUAUUGCUUGCGAAGCUGUUGACUUUCUGGUCCAAUCGAAAAUUGCAAGCUCUCGAGGUCACGCAGUCCAAAUUGGGCGGCAAUUGGAGGAGGAGCUCUCUCUGUUUCAUCAUGUUUCGAAGGGUCACCAAUUCAAGGAUGAAUAUCUCUUCUUUCGAUUUGAUUCUGGGGAUGUGAAUCAUGACAUUAUCGCUAAGACUUUGAAGAAAUCGAUUUCGGAAUUCCAAGAUGGCCUGUCACAAUUUACAGAGGCUCUUCAUAUUGAAUACGAUAGCACACUCCGGCGAGAAGAGGCAAAGCAGAUGAAGUAUGUCUAUGGAAAAGUACAUGACAAGGUUUGUACCCUCCUGAUUGAAGGUCCCUCAGGAAGUGGGAAGAGAUCGUUGGUAACGACCGAGUUUGCGGAUAAUCCUUCGGUGCUCUUCGCUUCUGCGAAAUGUGAAGCUAAUGAAAACGCCCCUUUUGCGACCUUGCGCAUCUUGCUCUCUGACCUUUGCAAGCAAGUUGCUGACAGGCUGCAGAUUCAAGAGAAACUUGUCGCUGAAGUGAAGCAAAUACAUCAAGUGUCUUUGGUCACAUGGAUUCCCGAAAUCGUUUCUAUUUUCCCAGAAGCAGCAGAUGUAGUUGCUUCGGGAAAUGAAGUGCCUACAUUUGAUUAUAUGUGCCUCAUGCAAGCAUUGCUUUCAUUCUGCAAGAUCACAUGUGAAUUCGUGCCUAUAGUCUUUCUUUUGGAUGACAUCACGAGCACCCCUGCUUGCACUCUGAAAGUCUUGAAUUUUUUGCUCAAGGGAUGCCGAAACAAUUUAUUGCUAUGUAUCACGCAAUGCGAAGAGGUCGGAGAGAAGCAUCAUUUUACACUAUGGAAGUCAGAAAUGGAAGAAAAGAUUGACUUUGAGGAAAUGACAUUCCGCAAUUUAGACGAACAACAGGUGAAAACUUUCCUUGCUCGUACACUUCACAGGGAGCCUGAGGACAUCGAAAGCCUUUCAGUGUUGCUAAAAGAAAGGACGCAUGGAAAUUUCUUUUUCUUGAUCCAAUUGCUGGAAUCGCUUCAGCAAAAGGGUUUGCUCUCGUAUGACUUUGCACAGCUGCGAUGGACGUACUCGGUUGAGAAUAUUCGAAAAUACACAGAUGUAUCUGAUAAUGUCGGCAAACUUUUGGCUGCAAGAAUAUGGCAGCUUCCUCGAUGUGUCGAGCAGACUUUAAAGCUGGCGUCCUGCUUCGGUACCACAUUCGACCCCGAGAUUUUGAAAGCCACCAAAUCGGUGCUAUUCGUUUUCGAUGACAUUUCUUACACUCUUUCUGAAGCCUGCAAGGAAGAUUUGUUGGUUCGCAUCUCAGAUCGAGAGUACAAGUUCGCUCAUUCUGAAAUCAAGGAAACAUCAUACAAUCUGCUGCCAAAAAGAGACGAGCGGAGGCGCAUUCACUGGGAACUCGGACUGAAGCUUUCGAAAAAGCGGUCCCUGAUUACAGAUCAAGAAAUGCUCUUUGUGUGCGUCGACCAGCUUGUUCAGGGACAAAGUAUCAUGAUUGUCUCUUGUAACGAUGAUAUGCGUUCGAACUUAGCCCACUUGCUCUAUGUCGCUGGCCAGAAUGCAAUCGAGUUGUCAGCUUUUGUAGUUGCUUGCAAGUAUCUGAAGGUGGGAAUGAAUUUGCUUGGGAAAAGCCCGGAAGAUGCUUUUGGCAGUCACUACGAUUCUGCAGUCCAACUUUUCACUGCCUACGCAAAAGCGACGCUGAGCGUAGGAUUCAUAUCAGAAAGCCGUGAUGCAGCAGAAGCAGUGCUACAGGAGGCUAAGCGAGUGGAAGAUAAACGCGAAGCGAGCCUAACUCUCUUUCGAUGCUUUACUGCUGAAAGUCGGAUGCUAGAGCAGUUGGAUUUUGCGACUGAAGUACUUGAGAGUGUCGGUCACAAGUUCCCAAAAGAACCAAAUGGCCGUGUCGUUCGGCAUGAAUGGGAGAAAGCCAAAGCUGGGAUCAAGAGUGACGAAAAUGUCCUCAGUCUACCUCACAUGACCGAUAAGACUAUCGACACGUGCUACGACAUUCUUACGGAUCUCAUUCUGACAUCCGAGGUGACUGGCAGUGCAUUUGGAAGCUAUGCAACUGCGAGGAUGAUGCUCAUGACACUCAGAUAUGGUCUGUCGAAAUUCACCCCGCUUGUUCUUGUUCUGGUAGGCAUGGAUUUCAUUGCGAAUAGCAACGAUCUAAAAGCAGGCAACAGAGUAAUACAACUUGGCUUUAGGAUUCAAAGUGAAGUUGAUCUUGCUGUAAAGGGCCGAGUAUUGACACAGGCAUGCAUGGCAGAGGGGUGCACUCAGCCCAUAUCCAACUGCAUGUAUCUAGCCCUUGAUGGAUACAAGGCAAGUAUGGAACUUGGAGAUAUUCAGAACGCUUUUCAUGGUGCAAGGGUAUACCUAUGGAGCUUCUAUUGCAGCGGGUUGCCAUUUGGACCUCUUCUCGAUGAUAUCGAAAAGUUCGCCAGGCAGAUGCUCGAAUAUGGUCAACAUUACAUCUUCCACAUGACAAUUCCACUGUUUCAGAUGCUGCUGAAUUUGAAGGGCGACUCUGAAGAUCCCCACAAUAUUGAAGCGGGCGCUGCGUAUGAAAUGACAGAAGUGAAACACAGCAUUGAAAAUACGGAUCGUUGCUGGGAAUUCAUUCGAUCUUAUGGGAUGGAACUAGCUUUUUACUUGGGAGACAUUGAGAAAGCGACAGAAUACUACGAUGUCCUGAAAGACCUAGACAUGGGAUUUCGGAAGGCUUCGAUACUGUACCAUACAAGGGUGUUCUUCUUUGCAUUGAUCAAUAUUGAAAAGUAUCGAAGAACAAAGAAGAUGCAAUUCAAGAGCAAGGCGACGAAGCUUACCAAUUUUCUUCGAUCAAUAGUCGAACAAGGAGGUGUAAAUGUCAACCAAAAGUUCCAGAUUCUUCAAGCUGAGCUGAGCUCACUUGCGCCAAGAGACAUCAGCGAUGCAAUUCGAAAGUACGAGAAAGCAAUUGUCCUUGCCGCUCGGACUGGAUUCCUACAAGACAGUGCGCUCGGAAAUUAUCUUUGUGCCAAGUUUUGCUUGAGCAAUCCUGCCAGCAUAGAUUCUGCCCAAAGAUUCCUCACUGAGGCAUGCGAAAAGUACGCUGCAUGGGGCGCUGUGAAGGUUGCGGCAUCUGUGCAAAAGAGGCAUCCAGAAUAUUUCCCAGAAGGAGAGUACGAGAUGCUUUCGCCACGUCGAAAAAGUGGUGGCGGUUUGAGAAGUCGGACUCAUUUCCGACCAUCUCUCGGUGACAUGCACAAAUCACUGUCAACAGCAAGAAGACUACGGGACACAAGUAAAGCUGGGGACAAUGAGGGGCUUGGUUUCGGUGCGUUUGCCCAAUUCCCGUUUAAAACGUAG